UGUAAGAAAUUACACUGUUUCGAUCGCUUUAUCUUCGGGGGUGUCUGAAAAAUUUAAUCUUUCUUCACUCUCAUUUGCUCCCAGAAAUAGAAGAGUGUGUUUACAUAUAAACAAGCUCAUAUUCACAUAUCUGUGUGUAUUGUGUGUGUAUAUUAUUGUAGAGAGAGAAAAAGGAGGCAUUUUGCAGUGGUAGCUGAAACAAUUGACAAAGUUUGAUCGCCAUUAAAGAAGAAAAAGAGCUUAAAGGAACUGAAUCGAAGGCGUUUUUGUGGUAGAAGAAAAAGGCAAUUGGUGUUUGUAGAAGCAAAUUGAUGCUCCUUCCAGAAUAUAUAGUCUAUAAAUCAGUUUUCCGGUCUAAGUUACAGUUGGGACACUGGGUUGAGGCCUGUGAUAGCAAUUGUUAAAGUUCUUUUAGAAGCUGUUAGAGGUUUGAGAAGAAGUUACGCAGGAGUAUACGUUGAAGAAAUCAUCAACUUGGUAUGCCCCAACCCCAACCGAGGCAGCAGUCUCGGUUAAAUGACAUUCAGAUGUUGCAGCGACAAAUCAUGAUCAAGAAGCUUCAAGAAUUGCAGAGGCAGCAACAAGUUCAGGAGUUAGGUGAUGCUAGGCAACAUAAUUACAUAAACCAACAAUAUGCAUUAAAUAAACAAAUUUCUGCAGAACAAUUUCCUCCCCUGAUCAAUGGAACACCUAUUAGUGAUGCGUUACAGAGGUUUAUGAUGGGAAACAUUAACCUUAUGCAUCCGGGUGCGCUACCGGUAGUCCAAGGGUUCUCGAAUGGAGUUGGUUUCCCUCAAAACCAGGGUCAGACAUUAGGUUCAAUGGGUCUGGUGUCUCCACAACUUGAUGUAUCUUUAUACGGGACACCUGUUCCAGGAAUGGGAAAUAAUAUGGGUCGGUACUCUCAGCUGCUAGGUGCAUCUCAAGGUUCAGAACAUACAUUUGAGAAAGGCAAUAAUAACCAACAAGAUGAACCCAUAACACAAUCGUCUAUCUACACCAACUCGUUGGGUACUUACAAUUGUGAUGCUUCCUCCAAUCAUAUUGGCAUGCAGGAAGGAGCUCUGGUAUCUGGAGGAGACUUUCAGGAGAAAAAUAUGUUUGGGCAAGUUCCUGCUCAAGUUUUACACAGAAACUUCCAGCAAAUGAACACCAAUCAAAGAUCUUCGUCACCAAUGGAAGUUGGCGGGAGGCCAGAACAAACUAGCUGGCAUGGACAAUUUCCAGGGAAGGCGGCAAACCUUGGCCCUUCUCAAGAUAUAUGUUCUCUGGAUCCGCUAGAACAGAAAAUUUUAUUUAAUACAGAUGAUAACAGUUGGGAUGCUUCUUUUGGAAGCUCGUGUAACAUUAGUUCAGAAUUCCUCAAAAACACUUCAGAAAACACCGACCAUACUAGUGCUUUUCCUUCUCUUCAGAGUGGAAGCUGGAGCGCGCUUAUGCAGUCUGCUGUUGCUGAAACUUCUAGCAGUGAUGCUGGGAUACAAGAAGAAUGGAGUGGCUUGAGCUUUCAAAAUCCAGAACUUUCAAAUGAUAAUCGCUCUUCUAAGUUCAUUGAGAGUGGUAAACAACACCCUGAUUGGGUUGAAAAUGCUGUUUCCGCACUAAAUUCAAAACCAGACCCUAACUUUAAGAAUCUGAGUAUGGCCUCUAGCUUCCCAGGUUUUCAGCAACCAGGCAUCCAAUUUUCUUUGAAGCAAAAGGAUGAACUGCACUUGGACACCUCUAGAGAAUCCAAUCAGCACCAUUCCCCUAAAAAUAACAAGCAAUGGUUGGACUGCAAUUCUUUACAGAAGCAAACAAAUGAGGUAAAUCAACACAGUGAGAGACUCUCAUCUUUGCAAAGUGCUUGGCCGGACCCCAAUUACGAACACUCAAAAAGUAAUGUAUAUCAGGAAAGCAUACCCAUGUACACUAAAGGAACCCAAGCAGGUGAUAUCAGUGGAAUAGAACAGGUAAAAUCAGGCAAUGUUAAUAAUAACCAUCCCUUCUCAGAGAGUACUAAGCUUCUUUAUGGAAAUGAUACUGAUGGUUCUGUCGAAGAUGCGAGAAGGGGGUAUGCAAGGAAUAAUCAGUAUCAUCGAAGUAGUAGUCCUCAAAUAUGUAACAACACUUACAAUGGAGCAAGUAGAACAUAUGAGAAGCAGCAGUGCAUUGAAAGAGAGAACUCCAAUGAUAGCUAUCACUCUAAUGCAUCACAGCGUUCCUUCUCUGGACAUGAAUUGAAACAGAAUGCUUGGCAGCAUAAAAGUGAUUCUAGCCAUUUUGCAGAUAGCAGUCAAAGGCCAUCUGAUCAGGUCAUGUACCAACAGAUUCCUCAAGGAUCGCGUAGUUAUGAAUCAGGGUAUGCUGAGCAGUUCAGGUAUAAUGUUUCUAGUGGUGACUUGGACUCAGCAAAGAGAAACUUGCUGGGUGAUCAAAAAAAUUUAACAGAGCAUGCAUCUUCUAGAAAUCAUGAAAAUUCGCCUGCUUUCUUUGACACAUCUGUUAAUCAGGAUACCAACGUGACUGCACAGACAAGUAGUCAACAUAUGCUUGAGCUUCUUUACAAGGUGGACAAGUCCAAAGAUUAUCGACCUGUAGUGCAUGGUGGAUCAAGAGAUUCAAGUCCAUUCUCUGAGAUGCCGCAAGCUGGAAGUCCUGAUACAUUUGCUACUCACUCAUACAAUAAGCCGCCUUCACAAACCUUUGGCUUAAGGUUGUCCCCUCCAUCUCAACAGACUCCAGCAUCAAAUUGCUUUGAUUCAUCUCAUAGCUCGCCAAAAAUGGCACAUAGUGGUGAUACAGUAUCAUUAGGUCCUUCAUUUGUAAGAAAUGAGCUUCAGAGUCACAUCAAUCAGGAUAUACCCUCCAAUUCUUAUAGUCAACAAAUCUCAGUUUUAGAGGACAAUUCAGCCAUUCAGCCUGUUAUAACUUCAGGAACAUCUCAAUAUGCUGGGUAUCCUAUGUUAUGGAAAAAUGCACCAGUUCAACGGAACCUAUCUAAUGCAGAUCCUCGGAAGGGGCCACCAUCACCAGAAUUGAACAAAAAUGACUUUGCGGCUUCAAUAGCUCCACAUGCACUACAUUAUGAGACCACUUACAAAGGACAAAAUGAAUCUAGCAGAAGCGCCAUGAGCUCGGAAGGUUUGGGAUUUCACGGAGAACAAGCUCCAAAAGAAGCAUACAGUCAACUAGAUUCUUCUGGGACGCUUGGUCCUGUACCACAGAAAGGCAAAUCAGCUUAUGGGCAAGUAGCGAAAGGUUACUCAGAAACAGAUAACCUGGACCCUGGUCCUGCAAUACCUAACUUAAAUAGGCAAGCAGUUUUUAAUCAGUCGCAAAACAUUUCUGAUCUUGAAGUCUUUGGUCGUUCAUUAGAACCAUCUCAUAUUUCCUCCCAAGAUUAUGCUCGGCUGCAGCAAGUACAUUUGGCAAAUGCUAAUACUGGACACCAACUGUAUGGAAAUUCUUCGGGAAUCCAAGAUGCAGUUACCAAUGGACUAGUGUCAAUGUCACAGGCUAACUUCCAUUCAAAUGGGGAACGCAAGUUGCAGAACCUCUCGUCUGAAACAAGAGAAAGCAAGUCAGUGAAAACUUUGCCCCAGCCUCUUCUUCAAGAUGCUAAUCAGGAGACUGUCACAUUUGGCCAGUACAGCUCCCCUGGUGCAAGUGAAGCUGAGAAGUCUCAGGUUAGCAUGCAGAUGGCACCCUCCUGGUUUAAGCAUUAUGGCGCUUUGAGAAAUGGGCAGAUGUUGCCGAUGUUUGAUCCAAGGGCUGCACAUCAGUUCAGUACUGGGAACAUACUCGAAAAGCUGCGCAUGGGUGGUCCUGGUGCUGGUCAAGAAAGCAGUGUUUCGCCCACUACAACGGAUAACAACUUGGUAGCAUUAAAAAGCUUCAAUACUUCAUAUGUGUUGCCUCCAGAUGUCCUUGUUCAAAAUCCGGAAAUUAUAAGACCAAAAAAGCGAAAGGCAUUUGAGAUUCUACCAUGGCAUAAAGAAAUUUCUCUCUGUUUACAAGAGCUUCAUAAUGCCAGAUUGUCAGAUUUGGAAUGGUCAGAAGCCACCAAUCGGCGUAUUGAAAAGGUUAUAGAUGACGUUGCAACUAUUGAAGAUUCAACAUCUCUACGGCCAAAAAAGAGACUUGCCUCUACAACCCAGCUUAUGCAACAAUUAUUUCGACCCCCGCCAGCUGUCAUUUUUGGGGGAGAUGCUAUUUUAAACUGUGAGACUGUGGCAUAUUUUGCUGCUAGAUUAGCGUUAGGCCAUUCGUGCUGCUUGAAAAGUAGUUCUCACAAGCUCUGCAACGUGUCUGACAAGUCACUAGAGAAGCUCAGAACUCCUAAGCAAAUUGGUGAUCAAGAAUAUGUUAAAGUUGUAGAAGACUUCCUUGCCAGGUCAAAAAAGCUGGAAGCAAGCUUCUUAAUCUUGGAAAAAAGUGCGUCGAUAGCAGAUAUAAGGGUGGAAGCACAGGAGUUGGAAAAAUUUUCAAUGAUUAAUCAUUUUGCGAAAUUUCACAGCAGGGGGCCUGCAGCAGCAGCUGAGGCAUCGACAUCCUCUGGUACAAGAAGGAUGUACCUUCAAAGAUAUGUCAGACCAGUUCCAAUGCCGAGGACAGUACCAGAGGAGGCACAGUGUCUUUCCCUGUAGUCAUGAACAACUUCAUCUUUUGCCCCCCUUGCAAUACUCAUGCUAGUCUAUAUGCUCACUCACAAAAUGUGAAGUAUAUAUCUUAAGUGAGGGAAGGACCGAGUUAGCUAUAAAAACUGAGCCAGAUGGUGUUAUUUAAGGUCAAAUGUUAUAGAUUAUCAGGAAGUACAACUUAACCUUUGUAUAUGUACAUGACAAUGAUGACACAUAUGGUAGUAGGAACCUAAUCUUUUCAAAAGCAAGGGCAGAUGACUAUCAUUUUCUAA